CGCGCCUCGGGGCGGCUGAUCACUGGACUUGGACCUGGAUUCACUUCCUACUUCUGAUAUGUGCACGCAAAGAGCUCCUGCUCGAUGGAUUUCUCCCAGCUGUGCAGCUUUGAAGCCUUUAGGCAGGUGUGGAGCCACUAUGGCCACGGGGGAAACUUCCGCGAGGUCGUGGAGCAAGAGUUCUGCAGGAUCAAAGGAGUCACGUACCUGGACCACGCUGCAGCCACCCUGUACCCCGAGUCUCUGCUCAGGGACUAUUUCCGGGACAUUUCCAGUCAUGUCUAUGGAAACCCUCACAGCCACAACCCCAGCAGCACUCUGACACAUGACACGGUGGAGCGGGUCAGAUACAGGGUAUUGCAGCAUUUUAACACCACCCCUGAGGAGUACUCUGUGAUUUUCACUUCUGGUUGCACAGCUGCUCUCCGACUGGUGGCCGAGAGCUUUCCCUGGAGCCCUGGAGCCGAGGGUGAAGGGAGAAGUUACUUCUCCUACCUCACGGAUAACCACACGUCCGUGGUCGGUAUGAGAGGCGUGGCGUCGGCGCGGGGUGGACUUGCCCUUCCCGUCUCCCCAAAGGAAUGGGAAAGCCGGGCAAAGGAUGAGGCUGAAGGUGAAGGUGUUUGCCAGACGCCACACCUCUUCUGCUACCCGGCGCAGAGCAACUUCUCCGGGAGGAAGUAUCCCCUCGGCCACGUGAGAGGCAUCCAGGCGCGACGCCUCUACCCAGCGUGCGACCACCGAGGCCGCUGGUUCGUGCUGCUCGACGCAGCCGCACACGUCAGUUGUUCCCCUCUAAACCUGCAGGACUGCCCCGCCGACUUCAUCCCCCUCUCUUUCUACAAGAUGUUCGGCUUUCCCACAGGUCUGGGGGCUCUCCUCGUCCGCAACGACACAGCAGGCAUACUAAAAAAGACUUAUUUUGGAGGAGGCACAGCAGCGGCUUACCUUUCUGGAGAAGAUUAUUUCGUGCAGGCGGAGAAUAUUUGUGACAGAUUUGAAGACGGCACUGUAUCUUUCUUGGACAUCAUUGCUUUAAAUCAUGGGUUUGAAUCUCUUUACAGGAUCACAGGAGGCAUGUACAAUAUCCAACAGCACACGUUUGGCUUGGCACGCUACACUUUUAUGCUGCUCUCAAGUCUUUGCCAUGGCAACAGGAGACCGGUGGCUCAGAUAUACACCGAAGGCCACUUUGAUAGUCCAAUCACUCAGGGAUCGAUCCUGAACUUCAAUCUCCUGGAUCCUAACGGACAGAUAAUUGGAUAUUCACAGGUGGACAGAAUGGCCAGCUUGUACAAUAUUCAUCUGCGCACGGGUUGCUUUUGCAACACCGGGGCCUGUCAGGCCUUCCUGGGACUGACCAGCCAGCAGAUGAGGAGAAACUACCAAGCCGGCCACGUCUGUGGAGACAGCGUGGACUUGGUGGACGGCCAGCCCACCGGAUCUGUGCGAGUGUCCUUCGGUUACAUGUCGACGUUUGAAGACUGCCAGAAGUUCCUGAACUUUGUCGUGGAGUGCUUUGUGGAGAAGCCGGCCACGGUGGACCACGUGAAGCUGCAGAAGCUGAGAACAGCAGAAGCAGCGUCAGAGGGAUCCAACACACGACCUUCAAGUGACAUCGUCAACGGAGAAAUACACAAAACCAUUGAAGAGAAAGUUACGCAUGAAUCACCGCCAACAUCUGGACCCCGAGACUCAGACGGAAACGCGGAGGCUUACGCUCUGACCAACAUCUACAUAUACCCCAUCAAAUCUUGUGCCGCCUUUGAGGUCCACGACUGGCCGGUGGGACCGCUGGGCCUCAUGUACGACCGAGGCUGGAUGGUGGUUAAUGGAAACGGCGUGUGCCUGAGUCAGAAGAGAGAAACACGUUUAUGCCUCAUUUGCCCGCAAGUCCAGCUUCCCUCAAACAAAUUGUUCCUCCAGGCGUCAGGCAUGCAUACCAUUUCAGUACCUUUGGAGAAUGACAUUCGAUUGCAGUCGCGCUCCCCCGUGUGCCACAGCAGAGUUUGCGGGGACAGGGUGGAGACUGUCGACUGCGGGGACGAAGCUGCGUCGUGGCUCUCAGACUUCCUCGGGCAGCCGUGCCGCCUGAUAAGACAAAGUCCCGACUUCACCCGAGUGAAGAAGAAGCGGUCAGAUGAAGCUGCCACCUCUCCGUCGCUCUCGCUGGUGAAUGAAGCUCAGUAUCUCAUGAUCAACCGCGCCAGCGUGGCGCUCAUUCAGAAUCUAAUGAGCAGCAGGCAGGAUGGCUGUGAGGGCGAUGAGCUCCUCGUCGCACAGAAUGUCAUUAGGCGCUUCCGAGCCAAUUUAGUCAUCGCUGGAGUAGAACCAUUUGAGGAGGAUAAUUGGUCACACUUGAUUAUUGGCAACACUCGAUUCGUGGUUGCAGGUCAGUGUGGAAGAUGCCAGAUGAUUGGAAUUGACCAGGACACUGGGGCCAAAACAAAAGAGCCGCUCAUGUCCCUGUCAGCCCACCGCACCGGAAAGGUGACUUUUGGUGUGUACCUGACUCACCAGACUCCUCCGGGCUCCGCUGUGGCCGGGGUCCUCUCUGUUGGUUCUCAGAUACAACCUGAGCCACGAAAUCAUUGAAGCAGUCUUCAGUGAUCCGUCUUUAUGUGUUUUGGUAACAUCUAGAGCCCAUUUAAGGCCCUUUUUCUUCUGCACAGCCUGAAGAUCUUCGGAAGAGUAUUAGGGCCAGGCAGGAGAAAAAUAAAAAUAAUAUUGGAGAGGAGGAAGAUUUUUUUUUCAUUAUGCACUUCGAGAAAAAAGUCGAAUUGUCGAGAAAAAAGUCGAAAUGUCGAGAUUAAUGUUGAAGUACAAUUUCGAGAAAAAAGUCGAAAUGUCGAGAAAAAAGUCGAAAUGUUGGGAAAAAAG